UAUACAAUAAAACAAAGGCAAGACACACUCGCCGUUAAAAGGGUCAGGUAUACUAAUUCUACUGGAGUAGCUUAAAUACAGUAUUAUUAAUAUAAUGGUACAAUAAUGUCAAUAGCCAUUAAUCGUGUGCUCGAAAACCGACAAUGCCUGAGAACCGAAAAUCGACCAUGUCAGACUUAAAAAUCGGCAGUGCUUGAAAAUCUAGUGUUUCUGAAAAUUGACUGUGCCGGAAAAUCGAGUGUGCGCGAAAAUCAGCGUGCCUAAGAACCGACAGUGCCUGAAAAUCGACAAUCGAUAAUAAUACUUUAUUGAAAUCGUAGAAGUUUAUAAAAUCAUGAUAAUGGAAAUGUUUGACAACGUAGGAACGAAGAUUAAUCUAUAAAAAUAUAAGAAUUUAGCAUGUGAUAACUUUAUAUGGCGAGCUUAGACAAGCUAACCUUUGGUUAUUUUUCUUUUCUAGAAAGUGAAACAGCUACUAAAAUUAAAAAUAUAACACAGGAGGUGACUGAAGAAAACGUGGAAGAUGUAAGUCAAGAGUUGGACCAGUAUCUAGAGGAGGUUGAUGUGUUGGAGCCGGUAGAUGUGGUAGUUACGUCUGUGGCUUUAGAAAAUAUCAUAAGUUUGGGUUCAACUAAUGAAAACGUUACAGACGCUGUUGUUAGUAUUGUCGAUGAGGUUGUUGGAGCCACAGACCUAAAGGUACUGCCUCAGACAACCGCUAGUAUACUCAAUUCGUUUGAAGGACAGGUGGACGUGAUUGCAAAUUCUGGUAUGAAUUACACACAAGUCGAAGAAAACAUCGCGCUGCAAACGCUAAAUCUUCACUCAAAUGCAAUUGAGAGUAGCUUAAAAUUCGUCGUUGCUGAAAAUAGUACAGAUACCCGUGUAUGUACUGGUAAUAAAUGCAGUGAAAAUGUGGCAUUUUCAAUAGCUUUACCAGAAAGCAUCUUAAAGAUUUCUAAAGGCAAAGACGUGAAUAUAAGCUUUGUUAUUUAUAAAACCGACAAGUUGUUUCGUGUUAACGGCAAAAACACAACAGGUACCGUUUUAGCUGCAACUGUGUACACAAAAGAUGCUCUACCAUCGGAAUUCGAAGAUCCGGUUGAGCUGAUAUUCACUGCACCAGAGAAUCUGUCCUCCAAUGAGUACAAGUGUGCUUUCUGGAAUGAAACUCUGAAUGAAUUUGGCAAUUGGUCUUUUGAGGGCUGCAAACUUGCUGGCGUAUCUAAAAACCAACAGAUAACUUGCGAAUGUACCCACUUGACAAACUUUGCAGUCCUAAUUUUUCCAAAUUCUAAUGAAUCUUCAUUUUUGAGCAUUGUCACUUACAUUGGUUGUAGCAUGUCAAUCAUCGGUCUCAUCAUUACUAUAGUAACCGUUCUUGGUAGCAAAUCGAUUCGAGGCCGUCAACCUCAACAAAUAAUGGUUAACCUGUGUUUGUCGAUGUUGUUUCUCUACAUCAUUUUUAUAUUUGGUGUCGAUACUGCUCGACAGGGAAGCAAAGGAUGUAUCAUUGUUGCCGUGUUUCUUCACUACUUUUUACUGACGACGAUUGCAUGGACGGCCGUGGAAGCGGCCAAUAUAUACUACCUAAUUAUUGCCGUAUUCAACCAGCCAACUUCGAGGUUCAUGAAAUUCUCAUUAGCACUUGCAUGGGGCUUACCGUGGAUUCCAAUUAUCAUUAUGCUGUCUGUUGAUAAAGAUUUCUACAAUAACGAUAAAUAUUGUUACAUCAACAGUACUGAGAAGGGCGCCCUAAUCGGAGGAAUUGUUGUGCCAGUAAGUGUUAUUAUCUUUGGAAACUGCGUGGUUUUUGGUUUGGUUGUCAGAAAGAUAUUCAAAAACACCCAAGGAAAAAUUGUUGAUCAUUCACAAAAAAAAGAGAUUAGAGAGCGGUUUAUCAACGCAGUGGCUAUUUCAUGCUUGCUGGGGCUCACCUGGAUCUUCGGGUUUCUGUCUUUUGAUCAUGAUGGUCAGUUGGUCUUUUUGGUUUUGUUCUGCAUCUUCAACACAUUUCAAGGCGUAGCAAUCUUCGUGUUGUUCUGCUUUAUGCGUAAAGAAUGCAAAGACGUGUGGAAGGCAUGGUUCAAGAAGUGCAGAAUUCGGAAACCGAAGUUUUUCCAGAGCCUUCAUACGCGUUCCGAGUACACGGGGAACAGUGGGGGCGAGAUGAGUAAUAUCGGAUCAAGUGAAUUUACACAACAAACCAACGCUUCGUUUAAUUUUGAUUCAAAUUUCUAGUAAUCAUAGGCCUAGAUCCUAAAAUAAAUCAUUGAUAUAUAUUACUUUUAAUACCAUCAUUUAUAAUAAUAUACUCAGAACUAAUUUAAACUCAUAAUGAUCAUGUAUUCCGUAAGAUAGGCAUAUAAAUACCAACAUAAGAGUAUAUGUGUUGCCAUCAAUGGUGUAACAAGGGAUGUUUUACGGUGCCUUAGAACAUCCUCCCCCACCUUUUUGUUCAAAGGUGAAAAAAUAAUAAAUAACUUAAUGGAAAUACAUAGCAAUUUCAACAUGAAUAAUUGAUAUGACUUAUGGAAAUAUAGAUGAAUUGUAUUUCAAUAUCAUCUGUAUAUUGCUUUUAAUACCAUCAUAUAUAAUAAAUACUCAGAACUAUUAUGGAUUCAUAAUUAUCAUGUUGGCCUAUUACGUAAGACAGGCAUAUAAAUACCAACAUAAUAGUAUUAUUUGUGUAAAUAAUUAUCAUCAAUGAC